UUUGGUCCGGUCGUGUUAGCAACUAUCGUGCUGAUGCUUGACCGUUUGACUUGAACCCAUACUUCGACAUUCUGGAGGUCAUCUUUCAAUACUAUUUCUUGGCUGAAGAAGAAGAAGACGACGACGAACAACAAGAAGAAGAAGAAGAAGAAGAAGAAGAUUUGAGCGUUAGUGUUAGUAUUAGUUGGGAUAAGUCUACUACUUCAACUACCACCACUACUGCAAGUACGGCUACAGAUAUGGUCGCCGGCGGCAACACCAGCAACAUGUCUGCUAGAUAUACUCCCAACGUGAAGCCCGAGUUCGACGACGAUCUCGAGGAGUAUGAGCAGCCCGAGCUAUCCCCCUACGAAACCCGCCUCGUAAUCGUCCUCCUCGGCCCCAGCGAACGCAAAUUCUCCAUCCCCGAAUACUAUCUCAAGCAAUCUCCCGUCUUCGCCGACAUCCUAAGCACCUACCCGAACUUCAUCACCCGAACAACCCCCUGUAUCGCCCUCCCAGACAUCGACGACGACAUCACCCACACAAUCGUCCACUACCUACACACCGGCACGUACCAAACCCUCCGCCACAGCGGCGACUGGACCAAGACGGAGUACCGACGCAGCGUGCUCGCCUACGCCGCGGCAUCCAAAUACGAGCUGAGCGGCCUACUAACCCUAUCCAAGAAGUACAUGCAAAAGCUCGACAAAGACCUCUCCAUCUUCGACGUCCUCAGCGUGGCCAGAAAAGCCAUCACCAAGAUCCCCGACUGGGACCAGUGGUUCUUCAGCGUCUAUGUACGGAGCCGUCUCGCCGCGGCGUUCGAUGAAGAUGAAGAUCUCUUCGAGAGCCCGCGGUUCCAGUACCUUCUUGGCGCGGAGCCCGGGUUCGUGACGUGCUUGGUGCAGGCCAUGGUAGCUAUUUACGAGGCGAAGUUGUCGGAGCUGAAGCAGUAUCCUAGGAUAAAUGGGUACCAUCAUCAUGAUGACCAGGACGAGAAUCACAGGGAACAGCAAGAUCAUGAAAUCAGUAAUGGUGGAUACAUGGAACCCAUACCCACCAGCCCCGGACGAAACUACAACAAAGCGGUGAUCUUCAUCGAGGAAACCAUGUCAGACAGACAACCGUCAGAGGGCGGCGCCCCCUCGGAUGCAGGGUACCCGGACUCAAUCCAAGACGAGCACCCCCUCACCACCACAAGAGAACACAUGGAGGCUUUCCCCGAGCUAACAGAUGACGUAUACGUCCCCGAAGCACAACAACAGGAGGAGCGUUACGCCCCGACUGAAGAGACGAUCGUCGAGGAGCCCAGCCCCGAGCCUGAGACGAAGUCGCACGCGCUAGAGAAAGACAUGGUCACUGAGCGGUGGGGUGCAUGGCGCAACUGGGCGAACAAGGAUAGGGACUGGUACAGGAACGACAUGCAUGAUGGAGCGACGCCGGAGAAGCCUACUGCUGUUCCUGAGCAGCAGCAGCAGCAGCCGCCGCCGAUCGAAGAUCCUGUCCCGGAGUACCCUGAGAUGCAGCGGUCUGUGACAGAGGAGACUGCUGCGACUGAGAAUGUUCCUCCGGCUGAGAAUGUCAAUGUUAAUGGGAAGAAGCUGGGGAAGAAGAGCCGUAAGAAGAAGAUGCGGGCGCUGUUUUCCUCUGCUGAGGAGCCGAAAGCUGAGUUGCAGACUGCAUACUAAUUGGUAGUUGGGGUGGAGUAGGGGGAUAUGGUAA